AUGCCAAUGUAUCCUGAAAACGACUUCCAGUUAACGAACUUUCCAUUAUUCCCAGUCCCUGUGCCGGUUGGACCCCCGAACAGCAACCCAAGAUGGCGACGAAAUCAAGUCGCCUGUAACGCGUGCCACAUCCGCCGUGUGAGAUGCGAUCUAGCAUCCCCGUUUCCGUGCUCGCGCUGCCUGCGCAAGGCCAUAAACUGUGACAUUACACGCAAGCUACGGAAAAGAAGUCAAAUGGCACGCUCCAAGCUAGCCAACUCAAACAAGGCAUACGGAAUAGACGCACCGCGAAGCCAUAUAAAAGGAAGACAGACCGAUGAAAGCUGUAGUUCUGUGUCACAGCCGACUGUGUCACCCAUGGAUUCCACUAUCCUGGAAUCAAUCACACAACCGUCGUCGCCCAGAACCGACAAAAUCGAUGCUCGCUUGGCUUUGUGCAUGGAAGACUAUGGCUCCAUGACAGCGAUUUUACAGCUACCGGCAGGAUUAGGGCUGGAUGUCACGGGGGAAUGCCUACCAACGACUGAUUUUUUGAAGGAUUCACCUGAGUUGAGCGGAGAAGACGAUGGGCCUCUGCCACCACUGCCGAACAUAUGGAGUCCGAUCGACAUAGAUCCUCACACUCCGAGCCAGGGGCCUCAUCCACCGACACUAUGCCAACCAGUAACGAAUCACCUCGUCGCAGAAGAUAAACCAACUUCACGGCCCUCGAUGAAAUACCCAGUGUUAGACACAGUGAUGCCUUUUUUGGAAACAGACCUCCCUCCACAAUUUGUCUGCCAGUUGCUCGAGCUAUAUUUCAUUAGUCCAUUUCCAAAUAUCUUGCGCAAGGCCUCCUUCUUGACCGAUAAAUUCCGGGUCAGAAACCCUGCACUUUUGACAAGUAUGCUUUGGAUGGCUGCUAUUGAUCAUCGAGCCUCUUUAUCUAUCGCACCCUCACAACAACGCAAUAUUUGCCAGUUCCUUGGCGAUUUGACGAGAACAUUAUUGCAAUUUUCAGACAAUAUAUCUACCAAGAAUCAGGAGCCCUCAUUAGUGGAACAUAUUACUCAAUUAGACAAGGUGAUCACUUGCAUCCAUAUUGCCUCGAUUAUCUCUACCGAACAUAACGCCGAAAGCAUGAGAUGGUGGAAGGCGGCCUUUGGUUUAGCCCGCCGGCUCAAACUAAAUCAGGAAGAGAAAUUUACGCGAGACUUUGAUAAGCAAAGCAAUACUUCGCCCCAAUUCUCUGAAGAUGGGCUAUCAGACUGGCCAAACAAACCGGACUUUUUCCAUUCUGACGGGACACAGUCAAGUCCCAAUUGCGUAUGUGAGGAAAUUCAUGAUCAAGGCUACCCUGUCUUAACGGAGGAGCACCGCGAAGAGCGAAGACGAGCAUGGUGGCUGCUUUACAUCAUUGAUCGCCAUAUUGCAUUGCAUCACAAUCGUCCGCCGGAUUUGCUUGAUGCAGAAUGUGAGAAUCUGCUACUUCCAUUGGAUGAAACCUCCUGGCAGGGCGGUAUUGUUCACAGCAACGGUUUCCAUCCGCAUAGCCCUCACCAGAACGAACUACAGGUCUUCCCCGAUUUUCGCUGUCGCGACUCCUCCAUUUUUGGAUUUUUCCUUCCACUUAUGACGAUCACCGGAGAGGUGAUGGGGCUCAAUCCUCUGCGACUGCACGAUAACGAGGCUUACGAAGUUAAAGAGGCCGAAGUACUACGCCAUCUCGAGAUCUAUCAGACCAGUUUGUCCGCUUUCAUAGCAUCUACAACGUCUUCAACCGUCGACCCAACAGUGUCAGACCAACUUGCCAACAGGCUGCUAGUCCAUGAUCACUCUUGGCAAACACAAACGGUUGUUGCUUACUCGUCAUACCUAGUCCAAGUUCUCUACAUCUCACUAGUGGGCAAGUGGGAUUGGCAAUUCUUAUUGGAAGACAAGGAGCUUUGGACUUCUCCAGCAUUCACAUCCACAAUCUCACACUCAUUAGAUGCUGCUUUUUGGUUGCGGCAAAUAUUACAGCUUGACCCAAAUAUCAGCUUUAUGCCCUAUUUCUUUGGCAUUCAGCUGCUUCAAGGGAGCUUUCCGGUACUGUUAAUUGUGGAGCGUCUGCAAGAUAAGUGCGAUGAGGACAUUCUCAACGCCGGCGAGAUUAUGAUACAAGCGAUCGAAUCAUGUCUUGUCACGCGAAACACAGACUAUCAAAGGAAAUUUCGGCAAUUGAUACGCAGCGCAGUUUCACAGGCCUGGGGUCGUCCUGUGAGUGCUAGUGAAAUUCGACGUCGCCGUAAAGCGGUAUUUGAUCUUUGGCUGCGGAUACGAAGGGGGAGAAAUUGGACAGCUGACUUCAAUAUCCACUGUUAA